CCAUUCAAGCAGUCGCAAACGCUCACUAGAAUCAACCGAACAGUAAAUUCGUCCGGUGGUGUCGUUGUCGUCGUCCUACCAACAACAACACACAAGAAACAAAAAAAAAAAAAACUAUACCAACCAGAAAAAGAAGAAGUAGAGGUUGUGCGGGUUCGUUAGAAAACGCGUGCCUAACUUUCCCAAAACCCAAAAAAAAGAGAGUUUUUUUCGUGAAAAACCCUCCACAUGUGCUUCCAACCUAGUUAGAUGAAGGAACCGGUAAAUGAAACACGUUGUCCAAAAUAUUUCCAGUGUUAAUUUCAUAAUCAACGCGUGCUAGACUAAACGAGACAAAACACACAAGUGAGAAUAUCUUUUGAAAGAUCUUCUCCAAAAAAUUCACAAAAACAAAAAAAGGUCAAUUAAGCGUAUUAAUUAAAUAAUUACUCCCGCGCCGCACACUCAUGACCACCACUCUGAAUAUGGUGAAGACUGGAAAAUACGCCAAUGAGAGAUUCAUUGGCGUGCGGCAUGUCCAAUGUCUUCUAUGCUUUUUCUGCCUAUCCCUGGCCUAUGCCUGGCGUGUUAAUCUUAGCAUGGCCCUGGUGGCCAUGACAGGAUCAGAUGCUCCAACGUCCAAUGCAACCGCGGACAAAAAUGAAACCAACAGCAAUGCCACACUGGAAGAGAUGUUUUUCUUUACGGAGACACAAAAGUCCUACAUGCUGAGCAGUUUCUUUUGGGGCUAUAUAGUUACACAAGUUCCUGGUGGUUAUGUGGCUCAGCGAUAUGGUGCUAAGAUGUUGCUUCUAAGUGGACUACUGGCCUGUGCCAUGUUGACUCUGCUGUCGCCCAUGGCUGUGCAGUAUGGAGGAUGGCAAGCUCUCUGUAUCGUUCGAUUCGUUCAGGGUCUGACACAGGGUGCAGUGCAUCCGGCCACCCAUUCGCUGCUCUCCAAAUGGGCACCAGCGCACGAGCGUGGCACACUGGCGACCAUAUGCUAUUCUGGAUCACAAUUCGGUUCGAUUGCCAUGUUGGCUCUGAGUGGAGUUAUUGCUGAUUCGGCGCUAGGAUGGCCAGGCAUCUUUUAUUUGGGCGGUGCAGCUGGUUUCGUAUGGAUGGUCUUGUGGUAUGCCUUCGCAUCGAGUACACCAGAGGAGAAUCGUUUGAUAUCAGCAGGAGAAUUGAAAUACAUUAAGGAGUCUCGAACCCAGGGAACUAUUCAAUCGGCAGAGACACUGGCACCCACACCAUGGGCUCAGAUAUUCUCGUCGAAGCCUUUCCUCUCACUGACGGUGGUCCAUUGCACGCACAUGUGGGGCUUUUGGACUUUGCUCACUCAGAUUCCCAGCUAUCUGAAGUACAUCUACGGUCAGGAAAUUAAAACAAAUGCCCUUCUCUCCUCCCUGCCCUAUGUGGUGAUGAUGGUGAUGAGCUUUUUCUUUGUCUGGCUAUCGAAGGUGCUGGCAAAUCAAAAGUCUCUGUCGUUGUCCUUUAACAGGAAAUUCUUCAAUUCCAUUGGACAUUGGAUACCAAUGUGUUCGCUGAUUGCCCUGGGCUACUUGCCCCGGGAAAAUUUCUACACAGCUGUGACUCUGCUUACGCUAACCGUGGGUAUAAGUGCUGCCACCUAUUUGGGCUUCCAGGUGAAUCAUAUUGAUCUGUCGCCAAACUAUGCUGGAACCCUAAUGGGCAUUACGAAUGGAGCUGCCAAUGUUAUGAGUGCGUUAGCUCCUCUGGCUGUUGGUUGGAUCGUUACAGAUCCGGAAAAUGUUAAUGACUGGCGAAUGGUUUUCUUCCUGGCUGCCUUCUUCUAUUUCAUUGGUAAUCUAUUGUUCGUGAUCUUUGGACGUACAAACAUUCAGAAAUGGGAUUCACCCAAUAGUCCUGUGCUCGAUGUGGAGGCUGCUGUUCCUCUGAAAUCGAAAAACUAGUCGGAAAUUGUUGAGUCACGUAAUUGACUAAAAAAUGACAAUUAUUGUCAGGUUAUUCUAAUUUAUUAAUUCUGGUGGAAUAACUGACUCUUUCUGACUAAACCAAUUAGUCAUUUAGUGCGCUAAGGGCCUGAAUAGUAAGAAAAAAAAAACAAAAAACUAUCAUAUUAUUGACGAUCGCGUGCUUCCAUUAGCGAUAUUAUAAGUGUAAAUUAUUUUAAUUAUUAGUUUCGCAGUAUUUUUCCAAUUGUAAAUAGUUUCUAUUGAGCGUUGAAGAGUCCAAAAAAAUGAAUGAUGAAAAACAUAAAACAAAAUGUUGUCAUGUAAAUAGAAAGUAAUUGCAAUCUUAAUUUAGUAAUUGUUAUG